AUUCUUGUACCUUAAUACCUAUGCUUCAGAACAUCAUGUGGACUGUGAAAACGUGUUUAACAGGCAAAAAUAUGCUAGAUUUAGUGCAAGAUUAACUGGAAAUGUGUUUUGGCAUUGUUUUGUAAGAAAAUGUAAUGCAUGUCGAAAACGUGCGUCUCUCACUGAGAAACGCUCAUUUUCGAACUCAGUGACAAUGUUCUUGUACCUUAAUACCUAUGCUUCAGAACAUCAUGUGGACUGUGAAAAUGUAUUUAACAAGAAAAUAUAUGCUAGAUUUAGUGCAAGAUUAACUGGAAAUGUGUUUUGGCAUUGUUUUGUAAGAAAAUGUAAUGCAUGUCGAAAACGUGCGUCUCUCACUGAGAAACGCUCAUUUUCGAACUCAGUGACAAUGUUCUUGUACCUUAAUACCUAUGCUUCAGAACAUCAUGUGGACUGUGAAAACGUGUUUAACAAGCAAAAAUAUGCUAGAUUUAGUGCAAGAUUAACUGGAAAUGUGUUUUGGCAUUGUUUUGUAAGAAAAUGUAAUGCAUGUCGAAAACGUGCGUUUCUCAGGGAGAGACGCUCAUUUUCGAACUCAGUGACAAUGUUCUUGUACCUUAAUACCUAUGCUUCAGAACAUCAUGUGGACUGUGAAAACGUGUUUAACAAGCAAAAAUAUGCUAGAUUUAGUGCAAGAUUAACUGGAAAUGUGUUUUGGCAUUGUUUUGUAAGAAAAUGUAAUGCAUGUCGAAAACGUGCGUCUCUCACUGAGAAACGCUCAUUUUCGAACUCAGUGACAAUGUUCUUGUACCUUAAUACCUAUGCUUCAGAACAUCAUGUGGACUGUGAAAAUGUAUUUAACAAGAAAAUAUAUGCUAGAUUUAGUGCAAGAUUAACUGGAAGUGUGUUUUGGCAUUGUUUUGUAAGAAAAUGUAAUGCAUGUCGAAAACGUGCGUUUCUCAGGGAGAGACGCUCAUUUUCGAACUCAGUGACAAUGUUCUUGUACCUUAAUACCUAUGCUUCAGAACAUCAUGUGGACUGUGAAAACGUGUUUAACAAGCAAAAAUAUGCUAGAUUUAGUGCAAGAUUAACUGAAAUGUGUUUUGGCAUUGUUUUGUAAGAAAAUGUAAUGCAUGUCGAAAACGUGCGUCUCUCACUGAGAAACGCUCAUUUUCGAACUCAGUGACAAUGUUCUUGUACCUUAAUACCGAUGCUUCAGAACAUCAUGUGGACUGUGAAAACGUGUUUAACAGGCAAAAAUAUGCUAGAUUUAGUGCAAGAUUAACUGGAAAUAUGUUCUGGCAUCGUUGUG